AAAAAACCUCAUCAUAUCAUCACAAUUCCUUCACUUUACUUAUUACCAAACACUUAAAACUCUGUCUGAAAGCAACACAAAGUCCUUGUACCAAAAUCUCCAUGGCUUCUGCACUCUUUCACAACCUCAAUCACCACUCUCUCUUGAUCCUACUUCCUCUGCUCACACUAUACCUCCUCACAUCAAUACAAGCCAAGAAAACAAGCCAAUGCAGGACUUCUUGUGGCCAAAUCCCAAUAAACUACCCUUUCGGCAUCGAUGACGGCUGUGGCAGUCCUUAUUACCGGCACAUCCUUGUUUGCUCCGAUUCGGACCAGCUCGAGCUUAGGACCCCAUCAGGCCGGUAUCCCGUCCGGAAUGUCAGCUACACCGAUCCCCACAUCCUCGUUUACGAUCCGUUCCUCUGGAACUGUCAAGACGGCAACAACUUCCGGCCCGCCAGGCCUUUCAGCCUCGACACCAGCACACACUUCAGGCUCUCCCCGCAGAAUGAUUACUUGUUCUUCAACUGCAGUGCGGACGACGUGAUCAUGGAGUCUAAACCAAUGUUCUGCGAGCGUUUCCCCGAGCAAUGCGACUCCACGUGUGACACGUCGAGCUACCUCUGCAGGCAGCUGCCGGGGUGCUCAUCCGCGUUGCAUGGGAGCUCGUGCUGCUCGUACUACCCCAAGGGGAGCGAGUCGUUGCGGCUGAUGCUCAAGCAUUGCGCCACUUACACCAGUGUUUACUGGAGGAAUCUUGGCAUAACGCCAGCAUAUAACCAAGUUCCAGAGUACGGAAUCAGGGUGGACUUUGACAUUCCUGUGACGACACGGUGCCUGUGGUGUCAGGACGGGACGAAGGGAGGCGGGACGUGCGGGUUCGAUACGGAAACACAGGAUUUCUUGUGCUUGUGUGAGAAGGGAAAUGUCACUACUUACUGCAAAGAUCAGAAUGGUCAGCACAACAGGGCUGUAGUUGUCGCAGGGAGUGUGACUGCGGUGUCAGUAGCGGGAGCAUUCGUCGGAGGAGCAGUUUGGUACCUGAAAAGGCUGAGAGCAAAAGCCCCAGUGACACAUGGCGUCCAGACCAACGACAACAGGCUCUUCUGAUGCCAUCCCCACGCUCCACGCAACGCAUCUUGCUAUCUUUAUGUACAAUCUUCUACUUUCUUGAUUGUUACUAUAGAGAAGAAGUACACUUUUUGGCCCCCAAAUAUUCGUAAUUUUGAAUUCAUUUUUGGUUCAGUUUUAAACGAUGCUACAUUUAGAUUAUCAAUUUUGGAGUAAUGAAUUUCAAAUUCCUACUCA